AUGUCUCAAGCGGUACUCAUGAAGGAAUAUAAGGCUCUAGCCAAGGAGAAAUGGGUUCAGAUCGAGAUCGAUGAAGAGAAUAUAUAUCACUGGAACCUAGCCUUGAUGGUCAUUAAUCCUGACUCUCUCUACUACGGCGGUUAUUUCAAGGCUCAGAUGAGCUUUCCAAGAGAUUAUCCUUACAAACCCCCGGAUUUCCGCUUUUCCAAACCACUGUGGCAUCCAAAUAUCUAUGCUGACGGCCGGCUUUGCAUCUCCAUUCUUCAUGCACCAGGCGAGGAUAUCAUGUCUGGCGAGAGCGCUGGUGAACGCUGGUCUCCAGCUCAACGUGUUGAAUCGGUGCUCAUCUCCAUUCUUUCCCUGCUGGACGACCCAGAAAUCUCUUCCCCCGCCAACGUCGAUGCCAGCGUCAUGUUUAGGGACGACAAAGAAGCAUUCAAAGCAAGAGUGAGACAGGAUGUCGAUGCUUCAAGGAAGGACAUUCCUGAAGGAUUCGUCAUGCCUACACACGAGACUACCAAGCCAGUUAUCGAGAAGAUUGAUGAUGAUUUCUGGAACGACAGUGAUGCGGAAGAAGUAGACUUCGACGACUUCGACGACUUUGACGACGAUGCAGCCAACGGGAGCGAGUCCGAUCUGGAGCUGAAUAACGAUUCGGAAGACGAGGAGAACUACGACGAGGACGACGAGGACGACGGGGAACAUGCUAAGAGCAAGGCUCGGACGGACCGACUCGACUCCGAUAUGACGGAACCAGACGAGUGA